CCCCCCCCUUACCUCUCCCCCGUCCGCACCCCUGGCCCGCCCUGACUCUCGCGAGAGCCUUACAGGCUAUAAAGGCCAGCGCCCGGCGCAUGCUUUGCGUGUGUUUCCUGACUGUUCUUUGUGGCUUGUGAGGAGUGCUGAUCGCAAUAUGUCUUCAGGAAAUGCCAAAAUUGGGCACCAUGCCCCCCAGUUCAAAGCAACUGCUGUAAUGCCAGAUGGUCAGUUCAAAGAUAUCAGCCUAUCUGACUACAAAGGAAAAUAUGUUGUGUUCUUCUUUUACCCUCUUGACUUCACCUUUGUGUGCCCCACGGAGAUCAUUGCUUUCAGUGAUAAGGCAGAAGAAUUUAAGAAACUCAACUGCCAAGUGAUUGGUGCUUCUGUGGAUUCUCACUUUUGUCACCUGGCAUGGAUCAACACACCCAAGAAGCAAGGAGGACUGGGACCCAUGAACAUUCCCUUGAUAUCAGACCCCAAGCACACCAUUGCUCAGGACUAUGGGGUCUUAAAGGCUGAUGAAGGCAUCUCAUUCAGGGGCCUUUUUAUUAUUGAUGAUAAAGGUAUCCUUCGACAGAUCACCAUAAAUGACCUUCCUGUUGGCCGUUCUGUGGAUGAGACACUGAGACUGGUUCAGGCCUUCCAGUUCACUGACAAACAUGGGGAAGUGUGCCCAGCUGGCUGGAAGCCUGGCAGUGAUACCAUCAAGCCUGAUGUCCAGAAGAGCAAAGAAUAUUUCUCUAAGCAGAAGUGAGCACUGGGCCAUUUUAGGGCCAGGCUGCAGUAGGUGGCCAUGAGAACAAAACCUCUUUUGUACUAUUAUCAUGCUUAAAACACAAGACCUUGCACUCAGCGCAGAUGUGGUGUGGGACAGGACAGGCCUUUCCUGCAGGGGCUGGGGAGGCCAGCCUUUCUUCCUCUGGGGGGAAUGGCCUGAGCUGUAUUAUGGGGCAGGCAAACUGAUGUGUAUAGUAGUAGGUUAUCGCUUUUGGUCUUUUGUAGUUUUAUUAAACUUGAGCUGAGA